CCCAAGUCAUCUGCCACAAUAAACAUUCCGCUGUCAGCCAAUUCACGGCUGUACUGAAGUAGUCACUGGCACAUAGAGGCCAUUGCAGAUACAGACAAAAUAUUUACUUUUAAAUACGGUUCUUCUAGUAUUAGCCACGAUCGAGAACCUGCCUGAGUAAUAACGAAUUUGACCCGGAGUCGUAAAGGCUGUGCAGGGUGAAGUCGGGGGAGACGGACAGGAAAAAAACAAAGAUGGCUGUGUAGCCAGAGAGACGAGUCCCAGCAGAACUGUCUCUAGCCACAGCUUUAAUCACCGACAAGUCCCGUGGGUCCCGUGGACUGUCAGCCGGUACCGAAGCAGGGACGUUAGAUGAGCAGCCGAGCUGGGCCGCUGGUGUAGCUACAUCGUUGUAAGCUGCUGUCAUUGCGAAUAACGGCGUCGAGUGUUCAACAACAGCUGAGAGACGCCUGAGUUGUUUUUGUUCUGCAAGGGGAGAGGACUGCUGUGUUUGUGUCAACGUAGCUAGCCGCAUAGUCUGCUAGCCUCACUGUAAGUCAACAAAACUAGUCAACGCUUUGCACAUGAUCUCGUUAUUACACAAUCAUUGGCUUGUUAAAUUUCAAGUGCGUAACGUUAAGUGGAGGGGGGCAUUAAUAACAAUAAUAAGUUAGCCUGCAUUCCUUUCUGACAGCCUGCUGCCGUAGCGUUAGCCUAGCUAACGUUAGCUAACGUUAUCUGUCAGCUGACCAUUAGCUUGACAGGUUGUAAGCUAGCCCUGAGCUAACCUGCUAAUAUUUCGGGCUCAGUCUGGUCGCGGCAGGUACAUCUCAGAAAUUUCUAGACAUCGCCAUGUCUUCACUGGAAGAGAGAGACGGUGGUGUUGUGGCCGCCCCUGGCUCCUCCUCAGCCGGUAUGGGGGUCGGGGCCGUGGGGGCAGCGGUGGAGGCUGUCGCCGGGGUCGCAGCCAUGCAAGAGGAGGUCGGGAUACGACGAGAAGGGCCCGAGCCUGACCCAGACGAGCCACCCAAGAAGAGGGCGAGAUUGCCCGAGGGAGAGUCAGGAAAGCUGGAGGAGAGACUGUACUCAGUGCUGUGCUGCACCGUGUGCCUAGACUUGCCCAAGGCUUCUGUAUACCAGUGUACAAAUGGACACCUGAUGUGUGCAGGCUGUUUUAUCCACCUCCUGGCUGAUUCUCGUCUCAAGGAGGAACAGGCCACGUGUCCCAACUGCAGGUGUGAGAUCAGCAAGAACUUGUGCUGCAGGAACCUUGCAGUGGAGAAAGCUGUCAGUGAGCUGCCGACAGAAUGUACCUUCUGCCUAAAACAGUUCCCCCGCUCCAGCUUAGAGAGACACCAGAAAGAGGAGUGUCAAGACAGGGUGACACAGUGUAAGUACAAGAGGAUUGGCUGCCCUUGGCAAGGUCCGUUCCAUGAGCUGCCAGCACAUGAGAGUGAGUGCUCCCAUCCCACUAAGACUGGUACAGAGCUGAUGGGAAUACUGGGAGAGAUGGACCAGAGCCACCGCAGAGACAUGCAGCUCUAUAACAGCAUCUUCAGCCUGCUCUGCUACGAAAAGAUUGGGUUUACAGAAGUGCAGUUCAGGCCGUACCGCACUGAUGACUUCAUCACUCGUCUGUACUAUGAAACACCGCGCUUCACUGUUCUCAACCAGACGUGGGUGCUGAAGGCCCGUGUUAACGACUCUGAACGCAACCCCAACCUGUCCUGCAAGCGCACCCUCUCCUUCCAGCUCAUCCUCAAAAGCAAGGUGAACUCUGCCCUGGAGUGCUCCUUUCUGCUGCUGAAGGGGCCGUAUGACGACGUGCGGAUCAAGCCGGUCAUCCACCACCACUCCUUCUGCAACGACGCCAACGAGACCGACUACGUCCCUCUCCCCAUCUCCGAUUCGGUGGAGUGCAACAAACUGCUGGCCGCCAAAAACAUCAACCUGCGCCUGUUCAUCUUCCAAGUCCAAAAAUAAAGAGUGAGGGAAGAGAAGGAGGAGGAGGAAGAAUGGUGAUGGAGGGCGAGGGGCUGAGAGAGAGGAGCGAUGAAGAUUAAAGAAAGACACCACUGAACCACUGAUACCUCUUAACACACACACACACACACACAUUCACGCAGGGUACACACGCCUCCACACGCACACACAUACAUACACACACACCACUAAUUACACUUACCUCCUUUUACAAGAUAGUGAGACCCCUUGCUUCGGGGAGCUGUGAGUUGCUAUGGAGAUGGGUGGGCGUUGCCAUAGGAUGGAGGGGUGGGGUGAAACAUGCGAAGGCACUGGCGAAGGUGUUUGGGUGAGGAAGGGGGUUCUGGGAUGGUUGGUGUGUACAGUACCUGUGGAGGCUCUCUGACGUUAGGUUGUGUCUGACCUGUCACCCCUGACACCUGCAGCCAGAGCUGGCACACACACCAAACAUAGCAGGAUUUGCUGUGUGCAUUUGUUGUGUGUGUGUGUGUGUGUGUGUGUGUGUGUGUGUGUGUGUGUGUGUGUGUGUGUGUGUGUGUGUGUGUGUGUGACUGAGAGAGAAAGAGAGUUCGGUGACCCUCGAGUGUGGCCCAUACUCUGAUUUUAUGAUGAAAUGUCACAAAGACGUGAUAAUGUGAAAAUAGAGUGAUUGACUCUACUAAGCUGUUCUUUGGACAUGUGACUUGAUGUGGAGUGUAUGUGUGUGUGUGUGUGUGUGUGUGUGUGUGUGUGUGUGUGUGUGUGAGAGAGAGAGAGCGAGUGUGUGUGUCCCUUCCCUCUACACACUUUAUGCCUGAGUCUAGUCUAUGAUUUCUUUCUGUUUUGGCAAAAGUGUCCCUCUUGCGUCUCAAGCUUUACCAGAACAGACAAAAGAUGACGUUCCCCAUCAGUGACCCCCUUUUACCUUUCACCAAGAGGAGAGAUGGCCUGGCUGCAUGCAUAUUUUAGUUUAUUCUUCUACUUCUUCCUCUAGCUGUGGUUAUAUUUAACCUUCAACACUAAUACCAUUUUUAUUUCUCUUAACCCUAAAUAUUUAAGUACCUGUGAACUUUUUUUUCUUUUGGGUUUUAGCGUGUGACUGGCUGCCAGUAUGCGUGAGUGUGUGUGUAAACAGAUCAUAAUUGUGAGAAUCCUGUCCCUAUUAAACAAUACAAUCCUUGAGGACAUGGCUGGAUUAGCAACAGACCGUCAGGGGCCCUAAAAGCCCCAGGUUCACUGCGUGUCAGCUGCCUUUUGGUAAUUUGAUUAUUUGCAAACUUAUUUGGGAAUUUGCACCCCUUUAGUACAAUAACAACUGGUCCUGCAUAACUUCUAACAUUCUUGAUUUUAAGGUAGUAGUUAGAGCUAGAUCUAUAUAUCCACCAGGGAAUAUAUUAGUGGAUGUUAACUUGUCGCGGCUAUAUCAGUAUAUUGUAUAUGUCGGCUGAUAAGUAACAAGAAAUUGCAGUACAGAAACUGUCACCAAGUUUGUUCACCAGAGAGCACUGACACGAUGUUUCAACUGUAAAAUGUCCCGCUCAGUGUGUAUCAUGGUCACAAUCCUUUAAAAAAAAACAAAUCUAGGGCAUCUGAAACAAGAUUGUUUGUUUAUGUUGUGUAUUAAAAUAAAUAACUGAGAUUUUUAGAACUCCCAAAUACCUUUAUUGUUAUCAGCCCCAAAUAUCCAGUAUCAGUCAGGCUAUAAUCACUGG